GAUGGUGAUUAAAGAAGAGGUUCCCUCUGAGGAGCAGCAGUGGAGCCCCCUUGUGGACCAGGAGGACCAAGAGCACCCCCACAUUAAAGAGGAACAGGAGGAACCGUGGACCAAUCAGGAUGGACAGCAGCUUCAAGGACUUAAGGAGGUUGAUAUCAAGUUCACAUUGACUUCUGUCGCUGUGAAGAGUGAAGAAGAUGAAGAGAAACUUAAAUCAUCAAAGCUUCAUCCGAGUGAGACAAAGGAGAAGAGAGCGGACUGUGGAGGACCAGAACCAGCCAUGAACUCAGGUCCUGAUGGACGUUUACAACCAGGUCCUGAGGACAAGACUGACUCAUCUGAGACUGAAGUCUCUUCUGAGACUGAAGUCAGUGAGGAUGAUUGGAUGGAGACCAGGGAAACUCAGACUGGUUUAAAUACAAGAAAUAACAAACAGCCUCAAAGUGAUAUGGGAUGUAAGACAGAAAAAAAAUCGUUUAGUUGCUCUGAGUGUGGUAAAAGAUUUAACCAUAGGGGCGAUCUAAAUACACAUAUGAGGAUUCAUACAGGAGAGAAACCGUUUAGGUGCCCUGAGUGUGAUAAAAGAUUUAGCAAAAGGUCAAAUCUAAAUAGACAUGUGAGGAGUCAUACAGGAGAGAAACAGUUUAGUUGCUCUAAGUGUGGUAAAAGAUUUACCGAAAAGGAAUAUCUUAAUAAACAUAUGAGGAAUCAUACAGGAGAGAAACCGUUUAGUUGCUCUGAGUGUGGUAAAAAGUUUUACCAAAGGGGUGAUCUAAAUAUACAUAUGAGGAGUCAUACAGGAGAGAAACCGUUUAGUUGCUCUGAGUGUGGUAAAAGAUUUACCGAAAGGGGCAGUCUAAAUAAACAUAUAAGGAUUCAUACAGGAGAGAAACCGUUUAGUUGCUCUGAGUGUGGCAAAAGAUUUAACCAAAGGGGCAGUCUAAAUAAACAUAUAAGGAUUCAUACAGGAGAGAAACUGUUUAGUUGAUCUGAGUGUGGUAAAUUAUUUAAGAUUCAGUCCUAUUGUACGAAACGUGAGGAUUCAUAAAGGAGAGAAGUGAUUCAGUUGCAACCUUUGCAACAAAAGAUUUAAUAGGAUAUAUCAGCAGAUAUUCAUAUGAUACGUAUUCAUAGUUCACUGUUUUAAGUAGACUAUUACCAGUGUUUAUGUCCCUUGAAAAUAUAACUCAUUGAAUAAAAUGAAAGAUUUGUGUAAAUAUCUUGUUUCUACUGAUUUCUACAUAAUUUGUCAGUUAUUCAUAAAGUCCUUCAUGUCAUUUUAAUGUUAAAGUGUGAUACCUGCACCGUAUAAAUGUGUAUCAAUAUUAAA